UCCUAGGAUGGUGAAGGCAUGGCUCGCCCAACUCUGCCUCUGACUGGCUCAUCCUGAUACACUUACCCUGAAUCUAACCAAUAACACUCUUCAUGCCUAAACAUAACCAAUACAAACAAUGAAGGCAACGAGUACUAGCCAAUCAGAGGCAUAGUCGGGAGGGUCAUGUCUUCGUCUUCCUUGGGAAAAAAUAAAUACCCUCCUGUUGAUUUAUUCAGAAAGAUGUAAGCGGAAGUCAUCGUUUGACUCUGACAAACUUGAUGGUGUCGAGCGGCUCUGAGUUAGCAACAAUGUAGAUCCAGGAAGCCCUUUGGAGAGCAUAUUGUCUGUGUGUCCCUAUCAUGUAAGCUUAUGGACAUUAAUUUAUCGCGUCGUUUCUCUGCUGGGACCCAUGUGUACUGCUGUCAACACUGCUGCCGAUGAAAUGGUCCUGUGGUUUCAUCUGAGUCUAAAUCUAGCGGUCAGAGCCAGGCUUCAUCAUUAAACUUUCAAAAUGAGGAUUUUCAUUUCGUCUCUGCUGAAAAACACCAACCCCAAAAUCGAGUAUUACUCAAGGUUUUCACCGUCCCCGCUCUCCAUCAAGCAGUUUUUGGAUUUUGGCAGGGAGAAUGCGUGUGAGAAAACGUCGUACAUGUUCCUGCGUAAGGAGCUGCCGGUACGACUUGCCAACACAAUGAGAGAGGUCAACUUGCUACCUGAUAACCUGCUCAGUCAGCCCUCUGUCCGACUGGUCCAGAAAUGGUACAUGCAGAGCUUUGUGGAGCUGCUGGAUUACGAAAACAGAAAGCCAGAGGACCCUCACGCUCUGAAUGACUUCUUGGAGCUCUUAAUUGAGAUCCGCAACCGUCACAACGAUGUUGUUCCCACCAUGGCUCAGGGGGUCAUAGAGUACAAGGAGAGGUUUGGCUUUGACCCCUUCAUCAGCAGCAACAUCCAGUAUUUCCUCGACCGCUUCUACACCAACCGCAUCUCGUUCCGCAUGCUCAUCAAUCAGCACACUCUCCUGUUUGGUAAUGACACCAACCCAGCUCAUCCAAAACACAUUGGCAGUAUUGAUCCCCACUGCAAUGUGGCUGAAGUUGUCAGGGAUGCCUACGACACGGCCAAGAUGCUUUGCGAGAAGUACUAUUUGGCUGCUCCUGAGCUCAAGAUUGAAGAGUUCAACAGUCCUCCAGUGAAGGCCCCUAAAAAGCCCAUCCAAUCGGUGUAUGUGCCAUCUCAUCUGUUCCACAUGUUAUUUGAGCUGUUCAAGAACUCUAUGAGAGCCACUGUGGAGCUUCAUGAGAACAGUAAUGAGGGAUUACCACCGGUGAAAGCAAAAGUCACUCUGGGUAAAGAGGAUCUCUCCGUAAAGAUCAGUGACAGAGGAGGAGGAGUUCCUCUGAGGAAAAUAGACCGUCUGUUUAACUACAUGUACUCCACUGCUCCUACACCAAGCCUGGAGCCAGGCGCUGUCCCACUGGCUGGUUUUGGCUAUGGUUUACCAAUUUCUAGGCUCUAUGCCCGAUACUUCCAGGGGGACCUGAAGCUCUAUUCUAUGGAGGGUGUGGGCACGGAUGCCGUCAUCUAUCUGAAGGCCCUAUCAAGCGAGUCCUUCGAACGCCUGCCAGUCUUCAACAAGUCAGCGUGGCGGCAUUACAAGACCAGCCCCGAGGCAGACGAUUGGAGCAACCCCAGCAAAGAGCCGCGUGAUGCCAGCAAGUCCAAAUACAAAGCCAACAGAUAACUCGCUAGUCCGGCCCGCUAGCCUGGCCCUUGUCUGGGAGCCUAAAUGUCCGCACUCUGCCUGGAGCAUGUUCGAUGAAAUGUUGCCCUUGGGUAGAAACCUUUGGUUUAGGAUCAGACUCGUUUUAACAUUCCAGUGGUUGAACCUUUGGAUAAGUUGGAUAACCUUGACGUAUAUCUGUACCCAAUGGCAAUUACCUUCAUCAUGCUAGCUUUCAUUGUUGUGGCAUUACCACUUGUUCUCCUAAAACAGACAUUAAAAUGAACCUCUUCGAAAUUAUAGAUCCCCAUUCCCUAACCCCACUUCAUAUCUGGCCAUUUAGCCAAAUGACUCCCAUGAAUCUUUACUAACGUGGACUCCAUUUUCUCCUCUUAUCUAACUAUUUUUUCAAGCUAAAUUCAUUGCAUCACGGUUAUCUCUCCCGCCGUCACAGUUUAGCUUGUCCUGGGUUUGCUGACUCGUCCACGGCUCCCUGUGGCUGAAUAAGCCUCGCACUGCUGAUUGAGUGUCUUUCUCAUCAUCAGUGAAGGCUUGUAUUCUGUUUCUCCCUCUCACACACAAGCAGAAUCGGGGGGGGGGGGGGGGGGGGGGGGGGGGGGGGGGGUGAGUUUCAGUGCAACUGGGGAGAAGAGGAGGUUUAAUUUCCUUCCUUUGGGAGACACUUUUGACUGAACGCACAAGUAGGCCAGUGUGUCAUUGGCAUAGUAAAGACUUGUUUUUGUUGCACUCUAUUUAAACUUUGGGAGGGGGGGAUCAUCUAGUUUGCUGCAAUGUAAAAGAGAGGAAAUUAUAGCUUUGUUUGGAAAAUAACAGGAAGCAAUGCAUCAGAAAUAACUUUAUUUUGAAAAAUAUAGAAGUCAGGAUUUAAAUUUUAUGUCAGUGAGAGAAAGCCUCACUUCUGAAUAUGUAUAUUUAAUGUUUUAAAAAGUCUGCCUUGAAGGCUCCAUUGGAAUAAUAAGAUCCUUUAUAAAGGGAAAAUGUUAAAAAGGAAGUUUUUUUGUUAAUCUUUUAGUACAAACAUCCACCUUCAGCAAUUCUAACCCUCAUCAGGCCGUUCUGCUUGCAAGCCGCAACUCGACUCAAAAGUUAACCAAGCUCUGCAGCAUAUUUGAGCAAACACUAAAGACCAAAGGAGUGUCUUCAGGACGCUCAUGUAACGCCACCAUGCCAGCUUUGGCAUGUAGCAUCUACUGCACCAGCAUCAUGUAUUGUACGAGCCCUCAGAGAGGGAUUUGGACCUGUUGCAUCUAAUGAGGACUGUGAAAGCAGGAUUACAUCAGCACACUUUCUUCUUUCCAUACGUCAACCUGCAAACAGCAUAGACUGGCCACAGUGGACACAGAGCAUGCUCAGAUGUCGCUUGGACUCCUAACAUUGCUGUACCCUGUCAGCCUCGCGUCUUGCUUCUAGUAUUAUUAAUCUUAACAGUCUUCUGAAUGAGUUUGAACAAAGCUUGUGUAUUUUAACAAUGUGCUAUUGUUUUAUAAUCAUAAGUUGAAACAACAAAAUUAGAGGAUGCAGCUAAAAUGCAAAAGAAAUGAAUAGCAGACAUGUUGUUAUUGAUUUUAUCCAGGAACAAAGGCACCAGGAACUACUUUUUCAGCAUUGUAUACUGUUUUCUUCUGUUUAUUUUUUGACAUUGGAACAGGAUUACUUUUUAUGAUCUUUUGAUAAUUUUUCUGAUUACUUUUAAAAGUCUGUGGACCAGCCACUUCAUGUUUAUUUCUUUAUACUAUAGGAAACCAAGCAGCUUAUAAAAAAUGGAGUGUUUGGAGAAGCCAGCAGGAUAAAACGUGGUCUCGGUACUGAAAAUAGCGUCAAAUCAUCAGAUUUUUGUCACAAUAAUCAUAUUCAGGAACUGAAUUAGCGCACUUUACUAACAGUACACAUAUAUUUUUCCUUCAAAUAAUAGUUUAUACUAUCAUUUAAGACCUCUAUUAAGUAUUUCUGUAUUAAUAGAAGAUAGAGUGUUUGAAAUGAGUGAAAUAGACCAAAUCUUAAUGAAACAUUGCCCAAACCUGGACCCAGAGGUUAGAGCUUUCCACAUCGGCUAGACAACAGGGAAUUUCAGAUGAAGUGACUUCCUUUUCUCAUCUCCUUCAGAGCUCCAUCUGACGUGAAAAGAAAAGGCGCGUAAAUGAAGACACUUGAGAGACGCUUCACUAUGGAAAUAUUCCUCAUCCUGUAGGUCCUCAGCUUUUAGCCACACUGUAAGAUUCCAUCACUGCCAAUGCCUUCGUAACCUGCCAGUCUAACUGAGUGACUCUCAGUGGCACCCCUGCUGUAAAUGAAGUGCUGUAUUGUAGAGACAACUGUCCUCAUUUAAAAGCCUUGGUUCAUCGUGUGUGAUUUAGAGGCCCGAGGAUCUUCCACCUUCAGUUGUUGUCAACCUCUACUGUUAAAGACUGUCUGUGUACCUAUGGUGUGUAUAUAACUACGAAUAACGUAUUUGCUGUAUACUGUAUGCAGCCAGUGUGGAGUGAUCGCUCUGUUUCCCCUCCUAGUGUACCUCCAGCUUUAAAAAAAAAAAACAAACAAAAAAAAACAUUUGUAUGCAUGAGCUCCUCACUGUGGAGGCAGUCGUGCAAAGAUAUGCAAUUAAUGCGACAUCAAGAGGCACCAAAAGAGUGCUAGAGCAGUCCAACAAUGUGAUUCAGCAUGAGAUCAAAUUACAGUAUCUUUUGUCAAAAUUGACAAUAAAGGAAAUUGCUGUUGUGUGUGA